CAGACUACACUACGCCACGAACAGCUGUUAAAUGUUAAUGUUCCGAAAACACUCGUGUCGGUCGGAUCACAAAAAGAUGCAGCAGCAGCAGCACCAGCAGCAGCCGCGCCAGUAGUAGCCAGUAGCCGAUCAACCCGAGCUUAGAAUUUUCAAAAAAAAAACAACUCGAAAACUAUGAACUAAACAACAACAAAAACCAACGAAACACGGUAAUUAAUAACAGAAGCAUAAGAAACAUGAGAGAAAAACAAAAAUAGAAACAGCAAGAGAAAGAGAGACAGAGACAGAAUAAAUUAAAAAACAAAAAAAAAAGUAGCCGAACGUGCGAUAAGAACUUAAAGAACAACAACAAUUUUGAACAAAUAACAAAAAAACAAAAACAAAAAGUAGUCACUAGUAGUGCAUCAACAACAACAAUAACAACAAAAACAAAAACAAAAGUCGUCGCGGCCGCGUGUAUGUGUAUGAGUGUGUGUGUGUCUGGCUUAAAAUCUUAUUCUUCUCUUAUUUUGUUUUUUGCUAUUUUUCGGUGUUUUUUUUUGUUGUCUUGCCAUUCGUGCAACAACAACAGCGGGCUUUAAAAGAGAAACAAAACAAAAAGAAAAAAAAAAAAAACGUGGCUCAAACACAUUAUACAAAAUUACGGUUUUUGUUUUCACUUUUUUUUACUGUGCAUGUGUGUGUGUGUGUAGUAGCUAGUGUGUGUGUGUUAGUUUGUUUGCCUUUUUAAUUAGUUGGCCUGGCCGCUUGUUUUGAUUUUUUUUUUGUUCGUUCGGUGAUCUGUUUUAUUUUCAAAAAUUUUUCCAUUUGUGACACGAGAAGGUGGCUCUGCUGGGAAAUCAAGUACAACUGCUGCAACAACAACAAAAACAACUGCAACCAGAAACAAAAGCAAAAACAACAAACAACAAACAACAAACAUAAACAAAAACAACAAACAAACAAAUAUGAGGCAGCCAUGAAGAAGUGGCAGCGUUUUGUUUGCUGUUCUUGCCAUUAAAAUGUCCUGCCACUUGUUGCAGGCUUUCAUAAUGCAACAGCAGCAAAAGCAACAACAACAACAACAGCUAAAACAAAAUAAACAAAAGCCAAAACAACAAAAACAAAAACAACAACAACGAACUCGAUUCAAGUCAUUAGCUUGCCUCAAAAAACACUCAUACGCCAUGUGGGCGCGAGGCAAUCCAAGGAGGAUGUUGCAACAGCAGCCAACAAUAAUAGCAACAACAAUAAAUAUAUCAGAAGCAACAAUAAUAACAACAACAACAACAACAACAGUACUGGCCCAUGGCCAAGGCUAAGGCCGGUGGGGCAGGCAACUCUCGGCACAGCAACAGAGACACGACUAUAUAUUGCCACAAACAACAACAACAACAACCACCUGCAACAACAACUAGAUACCAAUACCAAUAUAUAUUCAACAAUAGCAACAACUAAAUAAUAUAGUUCUUACGGAACAACAACAAGACAACAAAGACAAGCAACUGAAACAUCAACAAAAGUUGAAGAAUUCCGUAGAACUCGAAGGAAACAAAAAACAACCUAAAAUGUCCGAGUCGCGUCGUCAGUCGGUGAGCUUAACGGCUAUGCCGCCGGGCGUUCUGGCCAACGAUAGCCGGGCCAACUCCACCGAUGACAUCCAGAUCGCCCUCGCCCCCCACAUCCAGACCUACCUGAGCCAAACGGGACGCCGGCACUCCUGCUGCAGUGUCAUGCUGCCGGUGGCGUUCGAGCGGGCGGCGGCCAAGUCCUGGCUGGAUCCCAAGUUCGACUCGCCCGUGCUCGAGGAGCAGUACCAGACCAGUGUCUAUCCCCAUGUCCGAAUGCGUUACAGAUUCACUUUGUCGUACAUUUUGCUCUGCUCCCUGAUGUGGUGUUUGUACUUCGUGGUGGACGGCGGAUCGGAGGACUUCUGGCGGCCCAUCUCCAGCUCCUUCUCGAUGCUCUCCCUGGUGACGAUCAUGGCGCUGUGCUUCACCCACUGGGACCUGUACAGGGAGCACCGGACAGUGACCUCGGCGGUGACGGCGCUGCUCCUCUGCGGCGCCUCCCUGGCCUUCCUGACGUACACGGGCCGGGCGUUCAGUCCCCUGGGCCACUUUGCCAUAUGCCUGGAGAUCGUGCUGCUGAUCUACACGGCCCUGCCGAUGCCCCUGUGGCUGGGAGCCGGCAUAGCCAUCAGUUACUCCAUAGCCUUCGAGAUGGUCUCCCACAUGGUGAUCGGAUGCAGUGCCAUCCAUGGCAGUGGCUCGACCGAAGGUGUCACCGGAUCAGUGCCCGCCAACGGGGAUCCCAGCAACAAGAUCCUAAUACUCCGAAUCAUGGCCCAUUUGAGUGUCCACCUGGUGGGGGUCCAUAUCCUGGUGAUGAAUCUGGUCCGGAUGCGAGGCACCUUCAUGAAGGUCGGCCAGAAUCUGCUGGUGCGCCGCCAACUGGAGAUGGAGAAGCAGCUGAAGGAGAAGAUGAUACACUCGGUGAUGCCCCCGAAAGUGGCGGACAUGCUGCUGAACGAGGGCGGCACCUCCGGCCUGGAUGCCACCGGAAUGCCGCCCGAAUCCCACUACAUGCGUCCCCGGGCCUCCAACGAUGUGAAGUCCCUGUUCCGGCCCUUCCACAUGCACAGCAUGGAGAAUGUCAGCAUCCUGUUUGCGGACAUCGUCGGCUUCACUCGCAUGUCCUCCACGAAGACCGCCGAGCAGCUGGUCGAGAUCCUCAACGAUCUCUUCGAGCGCUUCGACGACCUCUGCACGCUGAGUGGCUGCGAGAAGAUCUCCACCCUGGGCGACUGCUACUACUGUGUCUCCGGAUGCCCGGAGCCCCGGGCGGAUCAUGCCAUCUGCUGUGUGGAGAUGGGUCUGGGCAUGAUCGAUGCGAUGCGCUGUUUCGACGCCCAGCGGCACGAGGGCGUCAAGAUGCGGGUUGGCGUCCAUACGGGCACAGUCCUGUGCGGCAUUGUGGGCACCCGGCGGGUCAAGUUCGAUGUCUGGAGCAAUGACGUUAGUUUGGCCAACAAAAUGGAAUCCUCUGGCAAACCGGAACAAGUCCACAUCUCCCAGGAGACGUCCAGCUUUCUGGGGGAUGCCUACUACCUGGAAGAGGGCGAGGAAGUUUUCGGACACCGUACUUACUUCGUGGUGGGUCGUCGUCGGGACUUCUCCCGCACCAAUAGCCUGAGUCCCAGCAUGCCGCCGAACCCGGGCGGCAGCUCCCUGCUCCUGCCCGGCGUCCAUGCCAGCUUGUCGCAGAGCGCCACCAAUGUCUCGGUGGUGCAGCCGCACGUCCCGCCCGCCUCGCCGGUGGGCCAGCUCUCCAGCUCCCUGAAUCCAUCCCCAGUGCUCUCCAUGCGCCCCCGGCUCACCUCCCUGAGCAUGAAGCUGCGCAAGAAGUCGCAGAGUCGGGAGCGGGAGAGGGAGAGGGACGUGGAGCGGGGCAUCAUCCAUCCGGCGGCGGCGGGAGUUCCGCCAGUGAUUGUGGUGCGGGAGCGACCCAAGAUCAUCAUCACCACCAAGUCCCUGCCCGGCAGCCUGGACUCGGACGAGCAGCCGCCCAGUAGUCCGCCCAUCAAGGCGCCGCCCGCCGCCCCCCAGCCGCCGGCCGAGUCGCGUCCAAAGAUCCGAUUGAAGAUCUGGAACCGAGUGCCGAGAUUCCUGAAGCGGCGCAACAGCUCCUACGACUCGGAGGAGAACAGGGAGAAGGUCCACGGCCAGGAUGUGGAGAAGGGCAUCGACCGGGAGAGGGAGAAGGAGCAGGAGCGCGAGGAUCAGGCCCUGAAUCCGGAGGAGACGCUGUCCUUCAUGGAUAACCAGAUCCAGAACGGCAACGGAUGCGGCUACCAGCAGCUGCCCGUCCUGGUGGAGGCCACCACGAAUCGCGUCCAGACUCUGGACAUCCCGCCGGCCCGGCCAGUCCUCCAUCACGCCGCCACCUCGACGGCCCUUGCCAGCAGUGUCCUGCGAUCCCCGGAGCCUAGCACCGGCGGAUGCUGCUCGCCGGGCCAGUACUCCAUGUACGACGACAUCAUCGACGUGAGGUCCUACAUCAGCCAGUCGAGGAGCGACAUCUCGCCGUUCGGCCGGUCUGGGAGCUACCGAUCCCAGUGCGGCAGGCAGUCCAUGGGCGGAGGAGCACCUCUAGUCGGAGCACCGGUGGCGGGAACGUCGGGCGCAGCCCCGGGAGUAUCCACGCAGGUGACACCAUCGUCCUGUGUGGAGCAGUCCCCGUUGCCACGUCCCCGGGCCUCGACACUGGCCACUGGACGGCCCGGAGCCAGCCUGGAGCCCGGAACAUCACAGAAUCCCAGUCCCAGUUGCCUGCCAGCGCCGGGCGGACCCGGAGUACCCGGUCUGUCCGGCUUCGGGGGCAUGUUUCCGCCCACCCACUCGCGGCAGAGCAGCAUCUGCCCGUCGGCCACCUCGCGGAAGGACUCGGGCAUCAAGAGCAACUCCCGCCGGUCCUCCAUCCAGCAGCAGAUCUACGUCCUGAACCAGUCGGCCAUUAGCCAGCACAGGGUGUCCGGAUACUUCACCAGUUCCACCUCCAGCAUCUCGAAUUUGGGCGAGGUCCAGGGCAUGGCUCCGGGGGCCAUGGCGGGAGUGGCCGCCCCACCGCCACCCCUCCUGAUGAACGCCUGCUCCUCGCAGAUAGCCGAUCCGCUGGCGGCCUGCCUCCAGCAGCUGAGGAAGCAAUCGGACCUGCAGCUCAUCCGAUGCGUCCGGGACAAUGCCAGGUCGCAGAGGAGCUACCUGGUGAAGCCGCCGCUCCGGGGCUUCAGCCUGUACUUCAAGUCCCGGCAGCUGGAGCGGGACUUCCGGUCGAAGGCCCACCGCUUCGGGGCCGAGAACGAAACGGAAGGACCUCCCACCCUGGCCACGCCCCGCUACAACACCUACAUAGACAUCUUCGUGGGCAUCGCCGUCUACCUGUGCAUCUCGAUAUCCCUCUUCCUGAUGACCCAGAACACGGUGAGCCCCAGCUUCCGGCUGUGGGUGACACUGUUCACCUGCUUCACGGGCAUCCAGGUGUUCGCUCUGUUCCUCUUCACCCGCCAGAUGUGCCGGCGGCAGAGUGGGUCGAGUGCCGGCAGUGCCAACCACCGAUUGCGCUCCAAGUCCACCACCAGCGAUGAUGUGGAGGCCAGGCGCCAGACCGAGGAUAGGGGCGAGACACCAGCUCCCCAGCAGUUCGAGUCCUGUGCCGAUCGCAUCUUUGAGGCCAUCUCCAGCUGGUAUCCGUGGCACAUCUGCCUGGCCAUCCUGAUGGCGAUGCCCGUCCUGCUGAUUAUCGCCAACUUCCUGCUGCUGGACCUGGAGCAGCUGGAGGCCUUCGAAUACCACUACGGCUUCCUGAUCUUCGUCUGCAUCGUCCACUUCUGCAACUUCACCCAGCUGAACUGCUGGGUGCGGAAUGUCCUGGCCUUCCUGGCGGCCCUCUGCUUCAUCGCCAUCGCCAUGUCCCAGCUGAUGGUGUACGACAGUCGGGUGGAGGACCAGCAGGACGACAGGGGCGCCAACUUCAUUGAGGAGAUCAAGUGGUUCCAGGACUACCACGUCGAGAUCUACUUGGACCUGUUGCUCAUCCUGGUGCUGGUGUGGUUCCUCAAUCGCGAAUUCGAGAUUGGGUAUCGGCUGACCUUCUACGGCAAUGCCGUCGCCAACCAGGACAAGGUCCGCGUCCAAAACAUGAAGAACCAGGCGGACAUGCUGCUCCACAACAUCAUACCCAAGCACGUGGCGGAGCACCUGAAGAACACGGCCAAGUACUCCGAGAACCACCACAACAUAGCCAUUAUAUUCGCAUCGAUAGUCAAUUUCAACGAGAUGUACGACGAGAGCUAUCUGGGGGGGAAGGAGUUCCUCCGGGUCCUCAACGAGCUGAUCGGGGACUUUGAUGAGCUGCUCUCCCGGCCGGAGUUCCGGGCGGUGGAGAAGAUCAAGACGAUCGGCUCCACCUUCAUGGCGGCCAGUGGCCUGGAUCCUUCCCAUCGGGGCACUGGCGACGAGCACAUCCACACCCUGAUGGAGUUCUCCAUCGCCAUGCAGGAGGUGGUGGACGCCUUCAACAAGGACCUCCUCGAGUUCAACCUAAUCCUGAGGAUCGGCAUGAAUAUCGGAGAUGUUACAGCCGGAGUGAUCGGCACCAGUAAGCUCUACUACGACAUCUGGGGGGAUGCGGUGAAUGUGGCCUCCCGGAUGGACUCCACGGGCCUGCCCAAUCGCAUCCAGGUGGGCAAGGACUGCCUGCCCUUCCUGCAGAGCCGCUACGAGUUCGAGCCCAGGGGCAGUGUGUAUGUGAAGGGCAAGGAUCACAUGGAGGUGUUCCUCUACACAGGACGAAUGGAGAAGCUGACCGAAGAGGCGGAAGUUCCAGAGAAGCCAGAGAAGCGCGAAUCAGUCGUAUGGAUGGAGGAUCUAACUAACCCGGAAGACAACGAGGACGACGAGGAGGAGGAGGAGGAGGAUGAUCUGCACUCCAGUGAGACCACCACCCUCUUCAAAUCCCAGGAGUCACUUCACGCCAAUGGUGUCUCCAAUUCCCAUCCAAGUCCAACUCUGAAUCAGAAUCAGAAUUCGAAUCCGAAUCCAGCCAUGCCAGUGGAGACUUGAGAGGGAAGGCCACUCGAAGAAUGGUUUCAAAAUUGCAUUUAAUGACUCUGCUGCACCCGGACUUGAAACCAAAAGGAUAACGCAAGGAUCUAAAACAACAAAAAUAGCAAAAACAAGAAGAUAAAUCAAACGGGGGGGAUGGGGGGAAUGAGGUUGGUUCGGAAAUGGAACUAAAAAGCGGAGGAUCAACCGUGAUAUUUGUGAUAUAAUUGAAUACGUUGAAUAGAUAGAAACGAUAGAAACGAUAGAAGCGAUAGAAUCGAUAGAAAUCGGGUUAAAGUUGCUAGUGAUGGUAGAUUGAUAGGCAGAUUGAUUGACAGAUUGAUUGACAGAUUGAUUGACAGAUUGAUUGUUAUUUGAAAGAGAACGAUAACUAUAAAUACCCAAUACUUCUACACAUAAUUGUCUUAACCAGUAAUUUAAAAAAAAAAAGAGUUAUUAUCCAAAAUAUGUAUAUGUUUUUUUUUAAUUCCAAAUCCAAAUCCAAAUCCAAUCCAUAGUUGUAACUUUAAAAACUAAUGAAAAUGUGUGGCUUUAAAAGUAAAGAUAUUAGCGAAUUAUAUAUAUUUCUAUAUAUGUUCUCUAAGUGUAUGUAGAUUCAAUGUAAAAUAAUAGCAUUAACCACCACAACUAAACUAAACUAAACUAAAUUAAAAACUAAAAACUAAACUAAUUAAUGCAUAAACAUAUUAUAUAUACAAUAUAACAUAUACAAUAUAAUUCUAAUUUUUUUUUUUGGAGCCAACGAACGGAUAUUACCUGAAUGUAUUUCGCUGUUAUUCUAUAUAUACUAUAUAUAUCCCGAUAUAUAUACGAUAUAUGUGUGUAAUAUUAUGUAAUGUGUAUGUUAAUGUAUUUAGCUAAAGUUCAAAGUUCGCAGAUAUCCAGAUCGGACAUCUGCUGCCAUAGGAAAAUCUAUAUAUAUGAUAUAUGUACGUUUAUGAUUCGGUAUUUGUAGGCCAAAAUAAGCUUUAUAUGUUCUACCGCCCCCCUCUCCCAAGAAAUUAUAGCAAAUUAUGUUUUUAUUUUUUUUUUUAACUUAACUUAAUGCUGACCUAAAAUAAAUAUACAUAUAUAUAAAAUA